UUCCUUCUCUCCUGCCCUGCCCGGGUCCCCCACUUGUCUCGACGGCGGCCGGGCUUGUCACGGGUCCGCUCUGUGCAGCCCUUCCACCAUCCUGGCUGCCCGCGUCCCGCCCCGUCCCCUCCCAGCCCCCGAGGGAGGAGGGGAGAAGGGGACAGAAAAGGGGGGGCGGGGAGGCCCUGCUUUAUAAAAGCGCUGGAACCUCGCAGCCCGCCAGACCCUGCCUCCGGAUCCCAGUGCUGCCCGCCGGCCACGUGACGCUCGGUCGCCAGCUCCCCCGCUGCGCCCGCUUGCCAUGGCCCUUUUUGGGGCCCUCUUCCUAGCGCUGCUGGCAGGCGCUCACGCGGAACUCCCGGGCUGCAAGAUCCGCAUCACCUCCAAGGCGCUGGAGCUGGUGAAGCAGGAGGGGCUGCGCUUUCUGGAGCAAGAGCUGGAGACCAUCACCAUUCCGGACCUGCGGGGCAGCGAAGGCCACUUCUACUACAACAUCUCCGAGGUGAAGGUCACGGAGCUGCAGCUGACCUCCUCGGAGCUCCAGUUCCACCCAGAGCAGGAGCUGGUGUUACAGAUCACCAACGCCUCCUUGGGACUGCGCUUCCGGAGACAGCUGCUCUACUGGUUCUUCUAUGAUGGGGGCUACAUCAAUGCCUCAGCCGAGGGCAUGUCCAUCCACACCGCUCUCCAGCUCUCCCGGGAUCCCACUGGCCAGAUCAAGGUGUCCAACAUCUCCUGCCAGGCCUCUGUCUCCAGAAUACACGUGGCCUUCGGGGGAACCUUCAAGAAGGUGUAUGACUUACUCUCCACGUUCAUCACCUCAGGGAUGCGCUUCCUCCUCAACCAGCAGAUCUGCCCAGUGCUCCACUAUGCAGGGAGGGUGCUGCUCAACUCCCUCCUGGACACCGUGCCUGUGCGCAGCCCUGUGGACGAGUUCGUCGGCAUUGACUACUCCCUCUUGAAGGAUCCUGCAGCCACUGCCAGCAAUCUAGAUAUGGACUUCCGGGGGGCCUUCUUCCCUUUGACUGAGGCGAACUGGAGCCUGCCCAACCUGGCAGUGGAGCCCCAGCUGCAGGAAGAGGAGCGGAUGGUGUAUGUGGCCUUCUCAGAGUUCUUCUUCGAUUCUGCCAUGGAGAGCUACUUCCGGGCGGGGGUCCUGCAGCUGUCGCUGGUGGGGAACAAGGUGCCCCAAGAUCUGGACGUCCUGCUGCGGGCCUCCUAUUUUGGAAGCAUUGUCCUGCAGAACCCAGCGGUGAUCGACUCUCCGCUUAAGCUGGAGCUUCGGGUCACGGAGCCGCCGCGCUGCACCAUCAAACCCUCAGGCACCACCAUCUCCGUCACUGCUAGCGUCACCAUCAGCCUGGUCCCACCUGACCAGCCUGAGGUCCAGCUGUCCAGCAUGACCAUGGAUGCCCGGCUCAGCGCCAAGAUGGCAUUCCAAGGGAAGGCACUGCACAUGAAGCUAGAUCUGCGCAAGUUCCGAAUCUAUUCGAACCAGUCUGCACUCGAGUCACUAGCACUGAUCCCUUUGCAGACCCCCCUGAAGGCCAUGCUGCAGAUUGGGGUGAUGCCAAUACUCAAUGAGCGGACCAAUAAAGGGGUGCAGAUCCCACUGCCCGAGGGCAUCGACUUUGUGCGCGAGGUGGUGAAGAACCACGUGGGCUUCCUCACCAUCGGGGCUGACCUCCACUUUGCCAAGGGGUUGCGUGAAGUGAUUGAGAAGUACCGGCCUACUGACGCCAGGGACCCCCAGGCACCCAGCACCCCUCCACUCUCCACGGUAGCUGCCUGA